GCUAAUUAUUUUUUAUCUACUCGUAUAAAAAUAAAAAUUAAUAAAUUUUCUAAAUGUAUUAAUGGUACCUAGUUUUUAUUAAUUAUUUAAAUUUUGUCUUUAUCUUAAUCAUAAUAUCUACUUUUAUUGUAUUUAGAAAAAAUGGAAGUUAUCGAAGAAACUCGUCGGUAUCCAUUUUGUGUUGUAUGGACUCCUAUACCAUUUCUUAGGUAAAUUUUUCUUGUGUUUUGACAUUUCUUGAAUUUUUAAAUAAACUAUGACUGUAUGUAUGUAAAUCAUUUAAUGUUUAGAUGAUUUGUCAUUUUGAGUUUAUCUGUAUAAAACCGUGUACAAACAAUUUUUUUACCAAUUAGUGAAUUAAUAAUUUACUCAAUAAUAAUUAAUGUAGGUAUGCUGGUUAAUAUGUUAAUAUGUUUUGUUUAAUGUUUAGCUGGGUGAUACCAUUGAUUGGCCAUGUGGGUAUUACAACAUCUACCGGUAUAAUUCGAGAUUUUUCUGGAUCGUUUUAUGUCGCUGAGGAUGAUAUGGCAUUUGGAUAUCCUACUAAAUAUUGGCAAUUAGACAUACGAACCGUAAAUGGUGGACCCAAAACAUGGGAUAAAGCUGUCAAUUUAGCAUCCAUUGAAUAUUUUAAUAGAAUGGUAAAAUAAAAAAAAAAUUAUUAUAACAGUAUCAGUCUUUGACAAUUUAAUAGUCUUUUGAAAAUUUGAAUCAAUGUAUUUUAUUAUAACACAAUAAAUGAUACCAAAUUGAGUAUUAACAUAUUAAAGCAAUUUUAUUCUCUUUAUAGUCAUUAACUGUAUUAUUUUAAAUACAAAUUUUAUUUAGUAUAAAUAAAUCGGUGCAUAUCAAUGAAUGUAUUAUGGCACUUUUUUAAAUUAUUUAAAUUAGUUUUUUUUGUUGUUGAAGUUAGUUAAAAGAUAUCUACAUAAUUUGAAAGACAAUGGUUUAAAUUAUUAUAUUGAUAAACACUAAUCAAUUUUAAUUCAAUGGUUUUUAGUGUAUAUAUUUUGUUAGAUCAAUCAAUUCUGGUGAACUGCCAAAAACAGGUAUCAUUACUCUAGUUGAAUUUCUCCAUAAAUCUAGAGGUUUUCAAGUGUGUGUACUUUAAAUUUAACAUUUAAAUUUAUAUUUUGAAGGACAGAAUGUUUUCUUUGCACAUGUUAUGCUAUUUAACAAUUUCUCACUGAAUUUAAAAUAAUGAUUAUUCUUUUUUUUCAGCAUAAUUUGCUGUCUGAUAACUGCCAUUCCCAUGUUGGUAUGGCAUUAUCAUUAAUGAAUUAUAAUCAAAGCAAAAACUGGAAUAUGAUCAAAUUAGCAUUGUGCAUAUUUCUUUUCGGGAAACAUGUAAGGUAAAGUAUAUUCAAUUUAUAAUUUAUAUUUAUAAAGAAACUACAUGUAUAUUAAUUUGAAGUUUUUAUUUUCAGUUUUAUUGCAUGGUUAAAAACAUGGGGCCCAUUUAUAAUAUUUGUGGUGUUAUGUUUUGGGAUUUAUGCCUAUGAUAAAUAUAUUUAGGCUAAUUUUACUUUACUAGAUACACUUGAUGAUGUUUGUGAAAAAAGGUCAAAUUUUAUAACUUUUCAGGAGACAAAAAAAAAAAAAAAUGAAUAAUUUAUUAUAUAACUCGUAUAAAUUAUGCUUAUACACACAUUGUAAUUAUAUGAUGUUUAAGGAUAAAUUUCAGUGCUAAAAAUCCAUACAUUAUGAAAUUUUCCACGAUGUACCAUAAUAAAAUUUGACAAAACUUGAUGUAAAUACUUUUUUUCAUGAACACUGACUACUAUUGUAUUAUAACAAUCACUGAAUUUGCUUAAGAGGAUGCUAUACUUAUAAGUACAGUUUCUGUCCUACUAACAGACAAUAUAGAAAAAUUUACCUUACGCAAGGACUGUGCAGAUCUCACUUUAUUUUGUUUUUCAAGUAAAAUCAUCUGUUAUAAAAUUAAAAAGGACAAUAUUUUGGAGGGUAAGACGAUGUGUUUUUCCUAUUAUUCUGGAUAUAAUAUUCAGAUAAUUUAGAAAUAAAAACUAUUUCAUUGUUUAAUAUUACUCAAAAAUUGUAAAAAAUAAAUGCACCGUCUUACCCUCUGAAAUAUUGUCCUGUUGUAGUUUUAAAAAGACUGCUUUUACUCGAAAAACCAAAAUUAAGCAAGUUUUAGGUAGUCUGCAUAAAGGUAGAAUUUGCUAUAAUAUAAUAUUAUUACCUGUUAGUUAAACUGAGAAAGCAUAUACAGGUAUAUUGUCCUCUUAACUACAUGUAUGAAUGUGCAUUUUUUUUUAUAUUAUACAAUAUAAGAAACCAAACAAAAAUUUCUUAACGGCAAUCUAACUAAAGUAUUUUUUCUACUUUUUCAAAUAUAAAAUAAUUUAAAGAUUUAUUUUUUUUUACUUUUGAUUAAAAAUAAUUAAUAAAUGUGUUUAGUAUGUGUUAAUAUAUUUUAAUAUUCUUAUU